AUGGCCAAGAAACCCCUUAGUACACAAAUUCUGAUCACAAUUUUCCUCCUUCAUAUCAUCACACCAAUUCAAUCCCAACAAUUUUCAAGAAAGUUGUCAAAAAACUCAUUAGGUUUCAAGAAAGAGAAGUUAACUCAUCUUCACUUCUACUUCCAUGACAUAGUCACCGGCCACCACCCCACCGCCAUCAAAGUGGCGGCUGCUCCUAUCGCAAACACCACACGAAGCUUGUUCGGCCUCAUGAUGAUGAUGGAUGACCCAUUAACGUUGACGCCAGAACCCGGGUCUAAGAUCGUGGGAAGAGCUCAGGGGAUGUACGCAUCAGCAGACUUGAAGGAACUUGGAUUUCUAAUGGUCUUGAAUUAUUAUUUUACAGAAGGCAAGUAUAAUGGAAGCACUUUGAGUAUAUUGGGUCGGAAUGCGGCGUUGACACCGAUGAGAGAGAUGCCGGUGGUUGGUGGAAGUGGGCUUUUCCGGUUCGCUAGAGGUGGUUAUGUGAUUCUCCUUUUCUUGAAUAUCGACGUCCAUCGUUUUCAUAGGCAUGUAAUUUAA